AAACCCGGAACAUUGUUGGAUAAAAACAGACGUUACAGUCUGUACCGGCGAGCAGCACAAUGGACUCAGACUAGUUUAGAAGUCGCACCACUUUUUUUCUCGACGUGAUGAGAGUCAAUGUGAAGUUCAGGCUGUCUUGGUGACUGAUCCUGUUAUUCAGUGUUACAUUGUUAAGGAAGAAGUUAUUAAGUAAUUAACUGUAAUGGAGCAGGAGGGGGGAGAGUCCGGGGAGCAGAGGGAGGUCUGCCCCGCCGCCGAGAGGAAACCCAACAGGGAGCUGGAGAAGCUGCUCGCCUUCAAAGUUUACAAGAGGAGGUGGUUCAUCCUGCUGGUGCUGUGCCUGCUGAACUGCUCCAACUCCGCCCUAUGGCUGACCUUCGCACCAGUAGCAGACCAGUCGGCCCAGUACCUGAAGGCCAGCCUGGAGCAAAUCAACUGGCUGUCUCUGGUCUACAUGGUGGUGGCCAUCCCGCUCAGCUUCGGCACCACCUGGAUGCUGGACACCCUCGGGCUGCGGAUCACGCUGAUCGUGGGAUCCUGGCUGAACAUGUUCGGGGCGCUGCUGCGUUUAGUGGGCUCGCUGCAGAGUUUGGGGAUCAGCGCCGUCUACCCGGUGGUGAUGGUGGGUCAGACGCUGGGCGCCCUGGCCCAGCCGCUCAUCAUCUUCACCCCCACCAAGCUGGCAGCGCUCUGGUUCCCCGAGCACCAGCGCGCCACGGCCAACACCAUCGCCUCCAUGUCCAAUCCGCUGGGCGUCCUGCUCGCCAACAUCAUCUCUCCCAAGGUCGCUGUGACGUACGACCAGAUCCCCGUCCUGCUGCUUGUCUAUGCGAUCCCAGCAGCCGUCAUCUGUUUCCUAGCAACAGUGGGGAUACGGAGCAGCGCCCCCCCGACGCCGCCCUCAGCCAGCGCCGAGUCCUCGGGCUCCGAGCCGUUCCUGCAGGGGAUUAAACUGCUGCUGAAGAACAAGGCCUACCUCAUCCUGCUGCUGUGUUUCGGCGCCGGCAUCGCAGUUUUCACCUGCUUCUCCACGCUGCUGGAGCAGAUCCUGUGUGUGCGCGGCUACACCAACGACUUCGCCGGCCUGUGUGGGGCGCUCUUCAUCGUGUUCGGGGUCGUCGGCGCCGGCUUCCUCGGCCUCUACGUCGACAAAACCAAGAAGUUUAUCGAAGCCAUCAAGAUCAACAUGUGCUUCUCGGCGCUGGCGUGCAUCGCCUUCUCAGUGGUCUCCCAGAUGCGGCAGCAGACCGUUGCCGUGGCCACCGUCUGCUCCCUCUUCGGCCUUUUCGGUUUCUCCAUCUACCCGGUGGCCAUGGAGCUGUCUGUGGAGUGCUCCUACCCGGUCGGAGAGGCCACGUCGGCCGGACUCAUCUUCAUAUCGGGACAGGUCCAGUCGAUUCUCUGCAUCGUGCUCAUCCAGAAGCUGACCAGACAGCUGGCCGACUCGCCUUUCUCCACCUGCUCAGCUGGAGGGGACGCAGCCCUGAGCUGGAGGGUGUCCAUGCUGGUGAUGGCAGGCCUGUGCACGCUGUUCAGCUGCAGCUUCGUUAUUUUCUUCAACACGCGGUACAGGCGACUGGAGGCCGAGGCUCAAGCCACCGACAGGACCAAGCUAAGCAACGGCUCGGCCGCCAGCGACCAGGCAGCCGCUGCGGACACGUAAAAACCUCCCGAGACCGAGGAGGAAGAAUUCGGGGCGCGAUCACACCUCCAGUUUGUUUUCUUCGGUCUUUGCAGAAAAGUCACGUUUUACUACUUGGUUUGUUUACCUUCACAAAUUAAAAGCCAAUCCUCGUCUCGUCUUGUCAACAAAAUGUCACAAAUGUCUGCAAAAUCAAUCUGAUCCCAGUCCCUGGAAGUUACAGGGCGCCCAACUUCAAAUGGCAUUAUUCCCACCUGAUCGACCAAAGCAAACCAAAGGAGGAAUCGCUCCAGUUGGAACAACCUGCCGCAGAGAUUUUAGGUGUAAAUACGACAUUCAGGUUUUCAAAUUCAAGUUCCUGUGGGUCAGUGGAAUUCCUCAAAGUACAGAGGAAAAAAACAAAAACAAAAACAAUUUACAACUUCAACCUCAUGCAACAGACAGUCAAGAGAAAGUGCAAUACACGGUACGUUAAAUGAUCAAAAGAGCAACGGACGGUACGAUUUGAGGAGCUGCUGCCUUUGGAAAGAAGAAGAAAAGAAGAAAUUGUGGUUGCAAAGGGAGGAGAGAUGGACUGCCCUUUGCGGAAGUCUUUGAAAAGCUAAAAAAAAAAUUUAAAAAAUAAAAACAAAGCUGAGACAGAAACCGGGGAUGCUUAAAGAAGAAGUGGAGGCUGGUGCUGCGUUCAAUUCCAAGCCGGAAGUGGGAAAUUCCCGGCUGGCUUUUUGCAGCGUGUUUCAGCGGGCCAGAAAAAACCAGAAGAGAAACGUGGACGCCUCGUAAAAUCCUCUUCCUCAUUUUUCCAGUUGCAGUCAGGUGACUCGUUAGCACAGGACGUCAUGUUUUUUUUUUUUAAUUUUGACAGAUGUAAGCCCGUGCUGCAACGCUGAAAAAAUGGCAAAGCAGCGUGAGCGACUUGGAAUCAGAUAAAGAGGCAGGCAGGCUGACAGAGAAGAGAGAGCAAAAGAAAGAUGGGAGGAAAAAACAGAAAGAGAGAGAGAGAUGGAGCUUUUGUGAUGAAAUGUCAGAGCAGAAGACACCGACAGGAGGAGGAGGAGGGGGGGAUCCUCAUUUCCGCUCCCUUUGUCUCCUUUUCUUCAGGUGUUUGAAGCCACAGGAUAUGGCUGAAAAUAGGAUCGUGUCAAGUUUGUGUCAAAUCGCAUAAAAAACCGAGCAGUUUGUCGCCUUUUUAAGUGACAGAACAUGUGGCUCGUGACUCCAGCGCAGGUCGGUGUGUAACUUGAUAAGGAAACACAGCGGGAGCUGCUGUACUCCACGGGGAUGAUUCCUGCUCUCGUGUUGCCGCGGGAUCAGAUGGCAAGAAGGCCGCAGGUUCGAUUCCCAUCAGCAGCCCGGGCUCGUCGGCGCCUUUGAGCGAAACGAUGAACUUCUCUUCCUCCCAGCUUUUAUUUCGGGAGCCACCGGCUGUUCUUGAGAAGGUUUCCGAGUGUAAUUAUGUCUUUUUGUUUUGAUGAAAUGAAAAAAAAAAAAAAAGACCACGGACUGUGUGCCAGAUCAGAUGUGCAGUUCAACUCAGGCAGAAAGACUUUCCUCGUGUCAGGAAGUUACAGUUCUCGACUUAAAAAAUAUAAACUUUCUGGAUAAGGUGCAGUAGUAUGUCUUUAUAUACCAAGUAUAUAAAGUGAUUGUUAUUUGUAUUAUCAAUUAAUGUAUUGAUUAAGUCACCAGAACCUGAAGUGAUGCCUUCCAGCUGCCUGAUUAAGGGUCUGACCAGCAGCCACAAAAAAAAAAAAUGGAUAUAUUUGUGAAGCUGUAGAACUGAAGAACAAAUGUUUGGUGUUUUUACUUGAGAAAUGAUGAAAAUGGUCACUCGGUUAAUUUUCUGUAACUCACUGACGUCUUACUUCUACUGUGGGACAUUCCUGUGUACACUGGGUCUUUUAUAUACUGCAGAACUUUUUAUACUUUCACUUUUUUUGUUUAGUUUUUGUUCAGUAAUAACACACUACCAUGUUAAAAAGUGUUAUUUUUUUUCUAUAAAGUUACAUCAGAUAUUUAUCUGCACAGCUGACUUCAACAGGAAUUAGAAAUAAACUGCAAGUUGGUUUUAAUGUCUAACCACAGGAUCGACCCACAGCGGCUGCUAAGUGUUUUUUUUUUUUUUUUACUUUCACAUUGAGUUUAAAAUGAAAAUGCAGCUUUUACAACAGCUAAAGCAAAAUUCCCGUUUUUUUUUUUUCCCUCCAACUGUUGUUUGUUGUUUCCUGAUGAUCUGUAGUUUAAACGAUUUUAUUCCAAAUUUUGCUGUUACAUGCCUUGUUUACUUCUACAAUUAGAGAUUACCUGCAUUUUCCCAGAAUGCCUUUCAAGAACCCUCAGGGAUCAGGCCUGAAUUUCUUGCUUUCGGUGAUAAUGAAGUGAAAAUUCAAUUCAAACUCAGAAUCCCUAAAAAAAAAAAAAAAAAAAAAAGUGCUUUUCAU